AGGCCGACAGAAACAAUAGGGCAAGACAGUCUGACAGAGGUACUGACGAAGCAGACAGAAGCACCAGCAAGGUGAUAUUAUUGUGCGCCGCUGUGCAUAUCGGCAACAGAGCGUUGAAUCUGCACUAUUCAGAGACACGAUUUUGCACAGAACAUCAGACCAGUUCUGUAACGGUUUAUCCUGCUAUACAAUUAAAGUUUCUGCUGAACGGAAUGACAGCACCAGCUAUUGCAUGCAGCGCAAUCUAAGAGGAACAACAGCAGUCACCAGAUCCCUGUGCUCCAGGCAUCUCUCCCAGGCAGAAUGAGCUCCUCUCCCCAUGGGUCCCACGGGUCUGGGUCCCGCGCCUCCAACGACAUCCUGGAGGAGCUGCAGCUCAUUGCUGCCCAGAACCUGGAGAAGCUAGACAUCAGCAAGUACUAUGAGGUCAUCAGGGAGCUGGGUAAGGGCACCUAUGGGAAAGUGGACCUGGUCAUCCACAAAAUCAGGGGCACUAAGAUGGCUCUGAAGUUCUUGAGGAAGAAAACAACCAAACUGAAGAGCUUCUUAAGGGAGUACAGCAUCUCUCUCUACCUGUCUCCCUGUCCCUUUAUCAUCAACAUGUUCGGCAUUGCCUUUGAGACAGACGACUACUACGUCUUCGCUCAGGAGUAUGCCCUGGCAGGAGACCUCUUCGACAUCAUUCCCCCUCAGGUGGGUCUUCCAGAGGCGGUGGCUAAGCGUUGUGUCCACCAGGUCGCCAUCGCCCUGGACUACCUGCACUGUAAGAAGCUAGUCCACCGGGACAUCAAGCCUGAGAACAUCCUCAUCUUUGACAAAGAGUGCCGUAAGGUCAAGCUGUCAGACUUCGGCAUGACGCGGCGUGCCGGCUCCCCAGUGAAGCGUGUCAGCGGAACCAUCCCGUACACGGCACCGGAGUUAUGCGACUCCUCUCAGCACGAGGGCUUGUGCGUGGACUACAGCACUGACGUGUGGGCCUUCGGUGUCCUCCUCUUCUGCAUGCUCACCGGCAACUUCCCCUGGGAGAAGGCCCUGCCGUCGGACGCCUUCUACCAGGAGUUUGUGCGCUGGCAGCGGCGCCGGACGGGCACGGUGCCCUCUCAGUGGCGGCGCUUCACAGACGAGGGGCUGCGCAUGUUCCGCAGGCUCCUGUCCAUUGAGCAGGAGCGCCGCUGCUCCGUUAAGGAGGUUUUCAGCUACUUCAACCACCACUGGAUGCUGGACAAUGAGCCGGGCAGCAGCAGCGUUGCGGGAGGAGGGUCAGUGGGCAGUGGGCCCCAGGUGGAGCUCAGCUCGUCGUCAUCUGAAGAGGAUGUACUGGUGGACAGGCUAAAGCAGCAGAGCCUGAUAGAGCCCAUGGGCGGACACUACUCCUCCACCGGCUCCCCCUCCUCCACCAGCAGCUACGAACGUGUCUCCCGUGACAACGGAGGGGCCGGACGCAUCUUGGUCGCCACGCCCAUUGAAAUCUGUGUGUAGAGAUUGGCUAUGUGCACACACAUACACACACUAACAUACGAAGGUCAAAUAACAGAGAACAAUCUUCCUGGUUAAAGGAAGAGGUGGGAGAACAGCCUGGUCUCAUAGACUAGAAGUAACAUCGUAAAUGUAAAUCCUCGACACUGAAAUUAUUAUGAUAUAUUACUUUUUGUAAGGUUACAUAAGACAGGUGGUUACUUAAGGCAAAAACGAAUGUUGGGUGGUUGGUCAGGCGUAUGACUUGAAUGUCUAGCAAACCAAAGGUAGCAAAUAUGAAUCUCAUCACAGAUAACUCUCGCAACUUUUGAACUACUUACUACCACUUAGCUACUUACCAUUUUAGCUAACCCUUCCCCUAACCUUAACCCUUUUAGCUAACCCUAACCCUGACCCCUAACCCCCAGCCUAGCUAACGUUAGCCAGCUAGCUAAAGUUAGCCACCUAGAUAGAAUUCGUAACAUAUAGUACCUUUUGCAAAUUUGUAGCUUAAUGUACGUUUAGAAAAUUUGUAAUAUAUAAUACGAAAUGUAAUUCGUUAUAUAUCAUACAAAUGGGUGAUGGACAUCCACAAAUUAUACAUACCAUACGAAACGAAACUUAACAGAUCAUGCUAAAUGGAGUGUCACGGAUUUAUGUACAGAGUAAUACGAAAUGCUCUGAGACCAGGGUGGGGAGAAAGGAAGAUGGGGAAAAAUGAUGGUUGGUGCUUGAAGGAGGUGGUUGUUUCUCUUUAGAUUCUGACAGACAUUCCUAUUGACGAUUAACUCUGAGGGAAUGACAAAAGACAAUCACAACCAGUACUGAUUACUGAACAGAUGUGUGUGCGUCUGCAGACAUUUAUUGAUGUAUUGUACUGUAGCUAUAUUCAGACUAAAAUGUACAACAAGAUCGGACAGAGACAACAAACAUGUGAAGGACAAAACAAGCUUUUACAGAAUAGCAACAUAAUGUCCUAGUAAGUUGUAUUGGAGCUCACCAGAUCCUAUCGUAAAGCAAUAUGUUCAAGCAAUUUCUCUGCAAAAAUGACUUCUCUGAUAAAUGUCUCAUGGAAUAAUGGAAGAAAUUAAACCAUUUUGAAUCUGCUGUAAUUGCAUCAGUAAAAGAUAAUUAGAGAGUGUUGGCUGUCAUUGUGACUUUUACCAUAGUGCAAUGUGAACCAAUGGUACUAUGGUGUGUUUGUAUUGUAUACCCUUAUGUUCUGUGGGUAUAAGAGCUUUAUGUAAUGUAGUUUUUGUUAAUAUUAUUUAUUUGAGUCCUUGAUUUCUGAACAUAUAUUGUUUCUAUUUAUUUUAUAAAGUAGCAUUAUAGAUUUGACUUUUUUGAUACUUGACGUUUGCCAGUGUUUUACUGCUAGUGCAAUUUAAGCAGCCAUUUUGAAAAGGGAAACUGCAUUUGACCUUCCCCCAUAGCAAUGUCAUAUAAUCCCAUGGAACUGAUUUUCAUCUCAUGUGAAUGGAUUAUGUUGAUGUUGGCCAUUACCUCUUUAGCAGUAGCUAUAAUGCAUUAUUCUGUCAGUCCGAGUGUUGAGUUCACCUCCUCUUGUCAGCGUGCUAUGCCUGCUAGGCCUGGUACACCAUGACAGUAAUGCAGUAAUGGAUAAGAACACUGAUGCUGACUUUACGUGAUAGCCUGCAGUAUACAUAACCAUUAGAAACUUAACGCUACUAUGGUUUUACUUUAGUUUAUUGACUGUUGUGUCAUGGUGACAUGAGGGCGAAAUGUUCAUGUUUUAUGUAAAGCAUAAAGUGGCUUCAUUUUGUUUUCUCAGGUAUACACUUUAUAAUGUAUUAUACCAUCUGGGUCAAAAAACAAACUACAAUACACACCAUAUACAUCCUCUUUUGGGGAUGAUUUAAAACCUCCAGCUGAACCUAAAUGUUCUGUGGGCAUGUCGUACCAUAACUCAUUUGUUAUCUUUUAGCUUUUAACUGUAGGUAAAAAGGGCAGAAUCCUAAAAAUGAAUUUCCUUGACUGGUCUCUUAUUUUACACAUUAGUUUGGCAAAUGUGUACAUGUAGAUGUCAGAUGAAAGCAUCAAAGGAUGAAUGGAUGAGCAUUUUCUUAAUUGCAUGGUUAAUAAAGAAAACGUGUGAAAUCAGCUCGUAUAGUAAUUGUUCAAGUGAAAAAUAUGUGCAAAAGAAUUGUUGUAUAGUGAAAUGUUGCUGUGGCACAAAUUUGCAUAAUUUGAUAUUGUUCUCAAAACUUAAUCUAGGGCUGAAAUAGCAAAAAAGAAUUGUUCCAUUGUAUUUGACGUGCUACAUUUGUAUAGGCUUCCAUCACAAGAUCACAGACGAUGUAGUGGGACUAUGGGGAUACUACCUACAUGUCCUCAAGUACGUUUGGGAUGUGACGUGAAUUAUUUGUUUUAUUUUGUGUGGCUUACCUGUGAAAUGUAAACAAUAUAAAAGCUGGAAAACAGGAUGGGAUACUGGAUAUAAUGUCCACCAUGGAAAAUCUGAAAUACAUGAGGCAUUUGGGAGAAAUGCACAACAGUUCAUUUUAGAAUAGACUCGACUCUCUCUGCGUGUUGUGUUUUUCAGAAAUGUUUGCAUGAAUCAAUAUUGCUCUGGAGGAACGCUGUUGAAAUAAAUCUCUAGAGUGAAAAGUUGCAGUAUUUAUUUUUCUGCCACUGGAGAAAAUACUUAUUGUGUGUAAACAGAGGCAAACACACUGGGCGCUGUUUCCCCCUCUGCCACACCCACCACCCCCCUCAGAAACACACUAGACUGAUCAGGAGAAAAAUAAAUUCAGUACUUUUUUGUCUUUAAAUUAACAUCAAUGCAUUUUGAAAGCAGCCGUCCAUUUCUGUUGCCUCUCAGCUGCUGAUAUAUUCCCAUGAGUAGAUAUUUCAUAAAUCUGUUAUUUAUGUGUUUUGUUAUUAGUAACGUUAUGGGGAUUUCCUUGUCUCUCUGUGCCGUGUAAUUUUGUUGUGGAGUUUGUCUGUAGAACAUGCGCUACUAGAACUCAUCUCUUAUUCACUCCAUCCAAUAGAAUGCUGUCUUCCCUAAACUGUCCUCUCCUUUCAUUCAAAAUGAAAUAAAGCAAUCUGA